AUGUUGCUGCUCGUGAUUGCACUUCUGUCAGCAAUGCUGGCUUUUGCAUACACGUUCCGCCAAUACGCGCACUUGAACUGGGCUCCCGACCCCUUAAUAUCGCGCAUCUUGUGGUGGUGGCACAUCUACCUGCGUAACUCACCUCAUGAUGGUCGCAAGCUCACAGAACUUCAUUCGAGAUAUGGAAGAAUCGUUCAUCUAGGAAAAAACCGGAUCAGUGUCUCAGACCCCAACAUCAUUGCUCAGCUCUACCAGUUUCAGUGCAAUAGUAUCAACGGAUUCGAACCUCGGGAUGCCGAUGCUUGCGCACAAAGUGGACGGGAUUUCCAAAUUCCAACUAGCAAGUGGGCGAGGUUUCUUGAAUACGAGGGUAUCAACGAAACCUCAACGAAAGAGCUUCUGCGCGCUCUGAGAGUACAUCAGAGUAUAGAGCUGGUAGCCUGUCUCAGGAUAUUCGCCGCGACGCUCAUUGAUCGAUGCAUAUCCGACCCAGCGCCAGACACGACUCAGAUACAGACCCAAGCAAUAAACGCCCUCUCCCUUCCCAUCAAACCAUCCAUAAUAGAGUACUUACUCUUCCAGAGCCCAAUAUCUUCGUUGAAAAGCCUCCACAAACCAAACUCAGACAGCUCCAACAUCCUCCUUAACGACAAUUCCCUGACGAGCGACAAUCUUACAGCCGAAACCGAAUCCCUCAUCACGGCCUUUGCCUCCGUCUUCCCAUAUUUGCUCCAACAACCCGAAAAGCUGACUACCCUUCAAAAUGAGAUCGACUCAGCCUACAAUACUGGGUCACUCUCCUCCAAUCCACGCUGGAGGGAACUAUCACGUCUACCGUACCUCUGCGCCGUGAUGAAAGAGUCGAUGCGCCUAACCUGCACCUCGAACAUGGACAAAGAGUUCCCAGCCUCAGCGGUCUCGGACGAUCUACGAUCGGAACCCGCCUUCCCGAGUGGCACGAUCAUCAGCUGCAACGCCUACGUCGCGCAUUUUAGUGACACGAUCUACGGAGACGACACGCGCGCGUUCCGGCCGGAGCGGUGGCUCACUGCUAGCGUGCCGCAGAGGAAGCUCAUGGAUAAAACCAUGCUACUCUUUCAUCCGGGGCUACGCGCCAAUCUAAAGCUCCGCGCCGCCUGGCUGGAACUGAAGAAGGUGGUUGUUCAGAUGUUGCUCAACCUCAACAUCCAAUCACCACUGGUCGAGGAUCAUGCAGUAGAAACGCCGGACUUCUCAGCCAAGCAGGCAAGUCUCUUGGAGCAUCAGGCUCAACAGGAAUUCGAAGCUCGCUGCAAGUUAUUGCUCUCAAAUGCCCGGGCCGAUGCGAGCGAGCACGCCGGCAGCCCGGACGACUUCAUCGUAGCUGCUGAUUGA